UAAAAAUGACUCGAACGCCGGUCCGACUCGAAAACGGCAACCCUAAUAAUAAUACAUAUAUUUUUAAAGGAGGAAGAGGAGUUGUUGAUCACCGUGUAGCAAAUAGACAGAAUUGCCCUCCGCCUCCACCGCCCGGUCAAUCAACUACACCAUUCUCAGAAUUAAACUUUUCGCUAGUCGAAUUGUCAUUCAUGAUUGGAAUGUUUAAACAAAUAGAUAUUGAAACAUUGGAUAUGGGAAUGUUAGAUAUUCUCAAUGGAUAUAAAAUAGCAAAGUUAGAUACUUUGAGAAUUCAAGAAGAAACUGAUCAAUUUAAGUUGAUAAAUAGAAUGUUUGAUAAAAUUGAAAAGGUAACUUAAGUAGCUUAACAAAAGUCCAAAGGGCUAAACCUUUGGAAUUGGGAUGGAUCGAUGCCAAAGGGGUUUUGGGUUGAGAGAUUAAUUGGUGAGGCGAUCCACAGUCUUGCCAGCCCUGGGAUUCGCGGUGGCUUUGGAAAGGCCUGGAAAUAUUAAUGUGGUUGAUGAACAGGUAGGGGCAUCCUUCAGAGUGCCGGCUGGGGGAUUUGGAGAUUGAGUGGGGUUUUAAAAAAUUUUUUGCGAAACGGGAUCCCGCGGGAUAAAUCCCGCGGGAUCCCGUCCCGCAAAACGAAAAAAAUGCGGGAUUGCGGGAGCGGUAUCCCGCAAAAUCACGCGCGGGAUCCCGUCCCGCGCCGACCUCUAAUAUUUGAAAUAAUAAAUUAAAUGAGUUUGUCAAUGGAAAGUUAAGUAAAAGGAGUGAAAUGAGGAUUUGGGAAGCAUCGGGAAUUUGGGGUUUUAUCGGAUGAACGCAUUUGAACUUGUUCAUAUGUUGUUCAUCCUUUGGUUAUGUGAAAAGUCGGGGUCGGGACUUGGAUAAAUUUAUGAGUCUCGAGUCCGGGGCUAACAGGCGAUGUUUUGUCAGGACACCGUUUCCUAGUAACAUGUUCAGAAACUGUGUGGUCCCUGCUCCAAAAAUUAUUUUAAAUCAUAUGAUUCAAGAUUUUUAAAAUUUAUAAACAAAAAGGUUAUCAACUUUUAUGACAAUUUAUUGGAUAAAUUCCAACAAAUAAUAGCUUUUAUAAAACAUAUAGAACAAAAUGAACGAAAUAUUUUUAUUUCUUGGCAUUUAUUUGGUUUUGUUAGAAAUUUGAUUCGUUCUUUUGUUUCGCAAAGCGGUCAUUAUAAAAGAAUAUUUCCUCAAAAUAUGUAGGUAUUUUUUAUUUAAUUUACUUAAAUUAAAAUAUCCGAAUUCCAACAUAUAUAGGUAGGGUUUCACAGGAAGUUCCGGUUCCGGGAAGCCGGCGUUUUUUGGUUACGGUUCCGGGAACCGGAACUCAAAUUGGAUUUGGUUCCGGAAAGUUUCGGCAUUUUUUGGUUCCAGUCCCGUUCCGGUUCCGGGAACAGGGACUCUAAUAAGAUCCGGUUCCAGCAUCCGGUUAAAAUUUCGAUUUCGGUGAAACAAGCACUAUUAGGUAG